CUUCUCACAAAACGACAGCGUUUGAAGUUCACCACGUAACCGAUUUUUUUCUUUUUCAAAAUAAAAAAAACCCAAACUUUCGUCUCCUUCCCGGCUUUCCUCUCUCUCUCUCCACCGGCCGGCUCAGAUCUGUCCUCUCACUUAUGUCCCGUAGAAUCGUAGAGUAGUGACUUGUGUAAUCGAAAAUCAUGAAAAGAUCUCACAUUUCUUCUCCUCGCUCUUUUUCUCGACCGGCGAUUUCAGCGCUCGGCGUUUUCCUCCUGUUUCUUCUGGGUUUAACACUAACCUCUCGGAAACCAUCCGGUUUAGCUCCGAACCGAAGACUAGCCGGAAAAUCGGAUAUUCCGAGGCUCGCCUACUUGGUAACGGGGACGAAAGGAGAUGUGAAACGUGUGAAGCGGCUCCUCGGGGCAAUACACCAUCCGAGAAAUUACUAUCUUCUGCAUCUGGAUCUUCAAGCAUCGGACGAAGAAAGGAUGGAGCUUGCCAAGUAUGUGAGGUCGGAGAAGAAGAAGUUUAAGAACGUUAUGGUGAUGGGUCUGGCUGAUUUGGUGACGGAGAAAGGUCCGACGAUGUUGGCAAGCACGCUUCACGGUGUUGCGGUUCUGUUGAAGAGAGCUAAGGAUUGGGAUUGGUUUAUUAAUCUCAGCUCCUCUGAUUAUCCUCUCAUGCCUCAAGAUGAUAUUUUGCAUAUCUUCUCAUACUUGCCUCGCUACCUGAACUUCAUUGAGCACACAAGCAACAUCGGUUGGAAAGAGAACCAAAGAGCAAGACCAAUCAUAAUCGAUCCUGGCUUUUACCAUAUGAAGAAAUCUGGUGUCUUUUGGGCUAAAGAACGAAGAUCUUUGCCUGCUUCAUUCAAACUUUUCAUGGGGUCAACGAGCGUAGCUCUAACAAGACCGUUCCUCGAGUUCUGCAUCUGGGGAUGGGACAAUCUCCCAAGGACGCUGUUGAUGUACUACACCAACUUCCUUUUGUCCUCUGAAGGCUAUUUUCAGACAGUCGUGUGCAACAACAAAGAUUAUCAGAACACAACGGUUAACCACGACCUGCACUACACGCACUGGGAUCCGCUUCUCCAGCAGCGCGCGCUGAAUCUAACGAUCGAGGAUUUCCACGAUAUGGUCCAAAGCGGGGCGCCAUUUGCAAGGGAGUUUCGAGAGGAUGAUGUCAUACUCGAUAAGAUCGACGCCGAGCUUCUUGCUUUGACCGACGGCGGAUCGGAGUUAAAGGCUCCGGAUGUUGUUAAGCCAACGUUGAGCUGGAAGAGGCUUGAGAAGCUAAUGGUUAGGCUUCUUGAUCAUGAGAAUUUCAGGGCUAAGCAAUGUAAAUAGUUCUUUGUUGAUUAACUCUUGAUUAUUGAUUUUAUUCUUCGAGAUUAAUUUUCCAUGCGAAUGGCCUUGGAAUAUCUUUGUUCUCGUUAGUCUAAACUCUAAAGAAUCCCUCCGCAUUUGUAAAGUGUAAACACUAGAAAGUUUAGUUUUUUGUUCCAAAAUGUCAUCUUCAAAAUUUGUUUAUCCUAAUGUGAAUGUAUGUUAACUUACAAAUGAUGUAAGAAAAUAAAUAUGGAUCAAGGAGUUGGAAUGGAUACUUACUAUUAAC